AUGGAUUCUCCACGAGUGCUCAAAACCCGCAACUCAAACAUUACCUACCAAAUUAUGAGGAAGAACCGCCCAUCUGCGUCAUCCUCAGCAUCAUCCAAGAGACGUAGCUCAAAGUCAAAACCUAAACCGCUCGAAGAUCUCGAAGAAGCAAACAAGUUGCCCUCAAAUACGGGCUUGUUCUCACCAGCUUCAUCAGACGAAAACCUCUCCGCCAAUGAUUCGGAUUUCGAGGACAGCGAUGAAGAAUUAGUGGAAGUUACCUUACAGCCACAAUCGAGAGCCCAUAAUCUCGACUUCUAUAAGGAUAAGAUGGAGGACUUGGCCAAGACGUAUAAGGAGAUUAUAAAUCGACGUUCUUGCCCAGAGGCACAACAAGCAAGCCCCUACUUGUCUCGAACCUCCUCUUCCUCAAGUUGCUCUUCAAAAAGACAUAAUCGACGUUCUCAAGAUGAUAUCAGUAAUGCAAACCUCUUACUUCUUCUCCGUAUGGUGGAAUGA